UUCACUUCGAAAAUGGCCUCCAUAUUCUCCAAAAUCGAUGAUCGGUUGAUGGUCAAGAACUACAACGCCGACGGUUCCGCCCGACCGACGAGCUUCCUCGAUAAUGAUUCGAUCAGACCAACGCCGGUCAAGGAUCGAACAUGGACCCAAGUUACCUACACAGCAUUUUGGUUUGCUGCGACCGCAAACGUGAGCAAUCUGUACAAUGCCUCGACGGGCCUAUCCGCCGGCCUCAGUAUGUGGGAGUCUCUAGCCUGCCAGCUAGGCGGACAGCUUACUGCAGGUCUUUUGAUGGCGCUUAACGGGCGAGCUGGAGCAAUGUACCGCAUCAACUUCCCUGUCGCAUGUCGGUCGAGUUUUGGUAUCUGGGGGGCUUUGUGGCCCACGCUCAACCGUGCCGUCAUGUCCAUUGUUUGGAAUGGUGUCAACGCUGUACAAGGAGCUCAAUGUCUGUAUGUGCUUCUGCACGCCAUCUUUCCAUCCAUCACUCGGAUUCCGGAUAUCAUGGGACCUAAAUCGGCUCUCAACUCUGCCCAGAUGAUGUGCUUCUUCAUUUAUUGGCUGGUCAAUUGCGCAUUCCUCUUCGUACCCGUUCCCCGCAUGAAGAACCUCGUUCACGCCAAAGUCGUCAUCUAUUUCACCGCCACCAUCGCAUUCAUGGCAUGGGCUCUAACGUUAUCCGGCAACCCAUCGAAGACACUCAACGAACCGUCCAUCAUCCAAGGCACAGAAAAGUCUUGGAUGGUUCUCAAGUUCUUCUUCCUCGGCUUGGCCAGUUGCGGUACAUUCAUCUCCAACGCGGCGGACUUGCAGCGAUACGCGCGCAAGCCUAACGAUGUUGUUCUUGGACAGGUUGCUAGUUUUCCGCUAUCGAACAUGCUCGUGGGUGUGUUUGGGAAUGUGAUUGCCGCAUGUAGCAAGUCGAUCUUUGGAGAGCUUGUAUGGAACCCUCUUACAACUCUAGACAAACUCAUGGAGGGAGAACGGUACACACCCGCGAAUCGUGCAGGAUGCGCGUUGAUCUCGCUCGCCUACGUCUACUCCACGGUCUUCUCCGCGAUUUUUGAAAAUUCUAUCCCAGCCGGUAACGACAUCGCCGCUCUCCUCCCCCGAUACAUUACUGUCAAGCGCGGUUUCUUCAUCUGCGCAGUCAUCUCAUAUGCCAUUUGCCCGUGGUACCUCUUAUCCUCCGCCGCUGUCUUUAUAAACUUCCUAGGCUCCUACCAAAUCUUCCUGAGUGCUAUCACCGGUAUCCUCAUCUGCGACUACUACCUCCUCCGUCGCGGUUUCUUGGACUUGCCUGCUCUCUACUCAAAGCACCGCGACUCGCAAUAUCACUUCUUCCACGGGUUCAACCUCCGGGCUUUCGCAGUCUACAUCCUAGCAGUAGCGCCUAAUUUCUAUGGCUUCCUAAGCCAGAUGGGCGUUGUGGCGCCUUUGGGAAUCCAGAGGUUUUAUUAUCUCGCUUACCCUACUGGAUUGUUUAUAGCCUUUGGUGGGUUUUAUCUAGUCAACGUAGUGUUCCCAUCGAGAGCGAUGGUGAAGGCUAGCGGGUGGAUGGAGCCGAGAGAUCAUUCUGGGGAUUAUGAUGAGUCGAUGGUUGUUGAGUCUGUCGAGCCUGCCGCCAAUGAAGCGGACCUCGAGGUUGCGAACAAGAGCAGGAUGAUGUCGGAUGUAAAACAGUAUUAG